AAAGAGGCGAAAGAGACGAAGCCCGAUGAAUUGCCGUUGUUUGGGAAAGAGUUUGUGAACUCCUUACAAUUUCUGAAGAUGGCGUCUGUGUAUAUUGGCAACUAUGAAACGUAUUUGAGUCGAAUUAGUGAGAUGCUAGCACAUGAUGCGAGUUAUGAAAAAGCGAUAAGGAAGGCGAAAGACAAGGUCUUGCAUGACAAAAGGUUUGACAAUAUUAUUAUGAUCCAUCCUUUAUCCUUCUACCUUAUAACUCCAAUUCAGCGCAUUCCACGAUAUGAGUUGUUAAUCAGAGAUAUGCUGCGUGAUGUUGGAAAGGACUUCCCAGACUUGGAACAACUCAAGAAGGCCUACAUCCAAGCAAAAGAAAGUGCAAAGGGCGUCAAUGUCCUUAAGAUGCAAUUAGAAGAGAAUGACAAGAUGAGUAUGGUAAGAGAGAUGAUAAAGGGGAAACUGCGGAUGGGGGUGAGUGUGACACGGAAAUUUGUGUGUUGUGGAGGGGUCUAUGUGAUAGAGAACAUGAACACGCCACCAAAUAAAAUGGUGUUUCUUUUCUUAUUUAAUGAUGUUUUGUUGGAGACUAUACCGACCAAAAUCGACGGUCGGCCUGUGGAGUUUGUGAAUGUCGAAAGCUACAAAAAGGCGUUUGAGAGUCUUUCUACAAAAACUGAUAUCAAAAGUUUUGAUGGGUGCGAGUUUGAAUUAUUAAGAGAGUUUCCAUUCACUUUUGGGAAUUGCGUCUUCAAGCCUAUUAAUGAGACCAAUGAAGUCAAACAUGUCUUCUCUGCGUUGUUGAGAGAAUAUAAAGUGAUUCGAAAUGUUGAGAAGGACUUUCCGAUAUUAGUGAAAUACGCGACAAGUAGUGAUGAAGAAAAGGAGGUGUGGAAGUGUGUUAUUAAUGACCAAAUCAGGUACAAUAAUGAUAUUCGAAUUAACAAAGAAAACAUCGAAAAGAGUAAAGAGGGGAUGGUGGAGUCUGAAUUGUCAAGACAAGAAUCUAUUCGACAGAGAACACAAUCGCUUGCCCUUCCUGGAGGUGUAGAGAAAGCCGAAUUGAAUCACUCGACUACAAGUGCGUCGUUUAAAAUUUUACCAAAGACUCAGAAGGCGUUUAGUAUUCAAAAUGUCUCCCAAGUUCCGGGGACACUGAUUACGAGUGGAAAUGUGAUCAGCGCCAUUAUCAAAAAUUUGAAGGAGUUUGGAGAGCAAAAAGAAAAGAAGAGUGACGACCAACUCUUUGCUGAAAUUGAUAAUAAAACGAUGAGUGAAAAAGACUGCGAGCAUUAUAAGAGAGUAGUGAAAGAGAUGACUGAGUCGGAAAAAGUCCAUGUCAGAGGACUUGAAAUACUGAAAGACGUCUAUUUGACACCAAUAACAAAAUCGUCAAUCGCGGAUUCUGUGGCCUUUGCGAAGUCAAUAAUAGUGCAAGUGGACACGAUCAUUGGUGUUCAUAAGAAGUUUUUGAAUAUGAUGGAAAAUGCCGAGACGACUGCGAAUAGCGGGGAAUUGCCACUUCUUGGUGCCAAUUUUACGAAAAAUAUCCAAUUUCUUAAGAUGGCAGCCACUUAUAUUUCGAAGUACUCUGUGUAUUUGACUGGACUCACUGAUAUCAUGAAUAAAGAGAAAGACGUCGUCAAAAUGCAAAAUAAGGCGAAACAAGACUACUUGAAAGGGCAUGAAGGUGCAAAGGUAGAGAUGAUAUCCUUCUACCUUAUAACUCCAAUUCAGCGCAUUCCGCGAUAUGAGUUGUUAAUCAGAGAUAUGCUGCGUGAUGUUGGAAAGGACUUCCCAGACUUGGAACAACUCAAGAAAGCGUAUCUUGAUGCGAAGGAGAGUGGAAAGGGCGUCAACCAGACUCGGAUGCAUAUUGAAGAGAAUGAAAAGAUGAGCAUCAUCCAGCGGGCGAUCUUGAACUUCCCGAACUUUGAGAAUUUGUCUUCUCGGAAGUUUAUAUGUGGAGGUCCUGUAUACAUCAUAGCUAAUAUGAUAGAAAAGCCGACCCAAUUGUGCUAUAUAUUCUUGUUCAAUGACAUGUUAGUGCAAACCAAAGUAGUUAAGAUGAAUGGGAAGAGUGUGAAAGAAGGGACGGAAGAUGCUUUGAUGAAGGAGUUGAGUGAAAUUACUGAUGUUGAAGGUCUGAAUAAGAUCACGUUUGAAUAUAUCAACGCCUUUUAUAUCCAAGGGAGCUCGAAGUUGAUGCCACAAAAUGAUACGUUGCAAGUGAGUAACGUUGUGAUGUUUAUGGCCUUUCAGAAGAUGAAAAAAGACGGAGAUGAAACGAAUCCGUUUAUCAUGAUCAAGUACUCGACGAUGACGGAGGAUGAGAAAGAGGCGUGGAAAAGUGUGUUGAACGACCAAAUAUUGUCGAUGAAAGAAAAAGAAGAGAAGAUGAAGAAGGUCCAAGAGAAGGUGGAAAAUACAGUGGAGAUCAUAUCGAGUGCGCCGACAGAGAAAAAGACGCAUACGAAAUCGUUUGAUAAGAGUUGUGUGAAGUAUAUAGCACAUGAAGUGGGCAAUUUAGUCCAAAGUUCUGGACCGAUAGUGAGUGUUGUUAGAAAUCUUCAAGACGAGUAUGACCACCCGGAGUUUGACGAUGAGAAGUUCUUUAGAGAGAUAGAAACGAAGGAAAUGAAUGAAGAGGAUGUGAAACAUUUGGGGUCAGUGAUACGAGAUAUGCGGACGAAUGAAAACGCACAUAUGCUGAGUCUGGUCACAUUAAAAGAAGUCUAUUUCAAUUCGAUAGUGAAACAUGUCAAUAAAGAUUAUUUGAAUGUGAUCAAUGAAGUCAUGUCACAAAUAGAUGUCAUGACAAGUACUCACCAAAAGUUCUUAUACAUGUUUGAGAAGGCGAAAAUACUCUUUGAGAAGGGAGAGUUUCCAUUGAUGGGGGACGACUUCUAUAAGAAUCUGCAAUUUCUAAAGAUGGAGAUGGCAUAUGUCACGAAUUAUAAUAAUUAUCUGAAGAUGAUGGGAGAACUUGAGAAAGACACUUCUGUUGUUAAACAGUGGAAUAAGGCGAAGGAAUCAUAUUCACAAACAAUGAAAGAAGAGUCUCAUCCAUAUGAAUAUUAUAUGAUUCGACCAAUUGUCCAAGCGUCGAAAUAUGAAGCGUACUUGAAAGUCUUAUUAAGUGACAGCGGGAAUAAUAGUGAAGACUCUGUCGACUUGAAACGAGCGUACAUUGAGGCAAAACACAUUUCUCGGAAUGUGAACUCCAUGAAAGCACUUGCAGAGGAAGGAACAAAGUUUUUGACAGUGCGUGAGGCGAUCAUCGGAGAUUUCAGCAACGACAUGACUGGUGCGAGAAAGUUCUUAUGCUCAGGGCCUUUGUUUAUUGUUGAGAAAGUGAUGGAACCACCAAAGAAAUGGAUGUACUUCUUUUUGUUCAAUGACAGACUUGUAGAGACAAUACCUGAGUUGUAUGAAGGGAAACCAGUGAAAGAUAUGUUAGACGCUUUUUCUAAAUUACGUGUCAUCAAACAAGUCGAUGAAUUAAAAAGUUGGAAGUUCCGUAUUACCAAGGAGUUUGUAUUCAAUUUGGACGUUGAGUUGGUGAACGUGCAACAGGAAGAGACGGUGUGCAAACAUCAAAUCGUAAUCAAAUCCUCACAAAUACCUUACAGAUUUUCAUCUUCAACGCUGUUGGAGUGCGACGUGUGGAUUUCACUCAUAUUUGACCAACUCGAAAAGAUCAGGAAAAACGAGAAAGCAAAACUCAAAAGAAGAAACGCAGUCAAUCUCGAGAGCGAAAGAAAAAUAUUUAAAGAAACAUUGGGCAGCUUCGACUUGGCAAAUCCACCUCCUUUGCCAAAGAAGCCAAGAGCUUUGGAUAGUAAGUGA